AUGACAGUUCGUGAUGCCUUGAACGUUGCAAUGGAGGAGGAGAUGUUGCGUGACGAGAGUGUCUUCAUCAUGGGCGAGGAGGUUGCUCGGUAUAACGGCGCAUACAAGAUCACGAAAGGUCUCCUUGACAAAUUCGGUGAAAAGCGUGUUGUCGAUACACCUAUCACCGAAAUGGGUUUCGCUGGCAUGGCUGUCGGAGCUGCACUAGCAGGUCUACGACCAGUAUGUGAAUUCAUGACCUUCAACUUCGCCAUGCAGGCUAUCGACCAGAUAGUCAACUCCGCAGGAAAGACGUAUUACAUGUCCGGCGGCAACGUCCCAUGUCCAGUCGUCUUCCGUGGUCCCAAUGGUGCUGCAGCAGGUGUUGGUGCUCAACAUUCGCAGGAUUAUGCAGCUUGGUAUGGAUCAGUCCCAGGUCUCAAAGUCGUCAGCCCUUGGAGUGCCGAAGACUGCAAAGGUCUGCUAAAGGCUGCUAUCCGUGAUCCAAACCCUGUUGUUUUCCUCGAGAAUGAGAUGAUGUACGGUAUCUCUUUCCCCAUGUCACAAGAGGCCAUGUCCGACAAUUUUACCCUUCCCAUCGGAAAAUGCAAAGUGGAACGUGUAGGCAAGGACGUUACGAUAGUGGCGCACAGCAAGAUGGUUACGCACAGCAUGGAGGCUGCCGAGAUACUAGAGAAGGAGGAAGGUAUACAGGCUGAAGUUAUUAACUUGCGCAGUAUCCGCCCCCUUGACAUCGAUACGAUCAAGGAAUCGGUGAAGAAGACUAACAGACUACUCAUUGUUGAGGGUGGUUUCCCGGCAUUCGGUGUCGGUAGUGAAAUUUGCGCACAGAUUAUCGAGAGCGAGGCCUUCGACUACCUUGAUGCUCCUGUCGAGCGUGUCACUGGUGCUGACGUCCCAACUCCGUAUGCCACUAACCUCGAGGCACUCGCCUUCCCCGACACCCCCCUUAUUGUCAAGGUUGCUAAGCGCGCUCUCUACCGAGUAUAG